AUGUCAUCGUUCCAAGUGUUCGAGGACACGGAGCGGGUCGCACUGAGGUCCAAGCCAGCGAAGCUGCUGCGACGCCGGUCUUCCGGGAUCCUCAAGAAUGCCGAAGCUACAGCACUGCGGAGCAUUGACUCCAACACGCCAAAGAAGCGCGCAAAGAAGGUGCGGCAACGCAAGUCGCUUGGUCGCCGCGUCAGCUUUGCAGCCGACGACCAGCUCCGCAAAAUCAGGGAGUACAACACAGAGGCGCAGGCCUGGAGCACAGCCGUCACCUCCACGUCUGAGGACGCAGCGCCCGUGUCUGUUGUGUCCACGAGCGCAGAGCCGGGGGUUGGUGGGCCCUUUGUGGAUUUUGGACUGAGCAGCAGCAACACGUGGGCUGAUCCCAUGUUCACGGAAGCAAAGAGCGACACCACACAGGAGGAGCAGAAGCAGCCAGCCGUGCACCAACGCCGCACUACCGCAGCACGCAAGUCGAUUGCUGGUGGUGGUAUGGACCUGGAUGAAUCUGGCCUGGUUGGCGGCCUUGUCCCCGCCGAUGCACAGACAAAGAAGGCACCGCGCAAGUCCAUUGCGUUUGCAACAGAUAUGGAUGAGACAGGCAACUUUGGCGGUGUUGAGGUGGACCAGCAGCCACGUCAACAGAAGCGUGACAGCCGCAAGAGCAUCGCCUUUGCCUUCGAUAUGGACGAGACAACCACAAUUGGUGGUGUUGACGCUGAAGAAGCAGAGAUGCAGCCACAGUCACAGCAGCAGCAGCAGCAGCAGCAGCAUCAGGCCAAGAAGGCGCCACGCAAGAGCAUCGCCUUUGCAGAUGACAUGGAGGAGACAGGCAACUUUGGAAAAGUGGAAGCCGGCGGGCACAUGAAGAGUACAGCAGCAAAGCGUGACAGCCGCAAGAGCAUUGCCUUUGCCUUCGAUAUGGACGAGACAACCACAAUUGGCGGUCUGGAGCAACAAGACGCCUACGCGCAGCAGCAGCAGCAGCGGCAGGCCAAGAAGGCGCCGCGCAAGAGCAUUGCGUUUGCAACAGAUAUGGAUGAGACAGGCAACUUUGGCGGUGUUGAAGCAGCAGACGCGGUGCCGACAACACAGCAGCAGCAUCAACAAUGGCAGCAGCAGCUGGAAUCAAGCGCAAGCAAACACACGCAGAAGCAGCCCCGCAAAAGCAUUGCCUUUGCCUUUGACAUGGACGAGACGACCACCAUUGGUGGUGUCGAUGCAGAAGCGCCGGCACAUCAGGCACAGCAGCAGCGGCAACAACAGCAGCCACAACAGCGUGGCGCCUUCAAGCGGCCUCGCAAGUCCAUCGCCUUCGCUGCAGACAUGGAUGAGACGGACAACUUUGGUGGCGUGGAAACCAUCAGCAACCCACAGCAGCAACAGCAACAGUUUGCUGCCAAGCGCGAAAGCCGCAAGAGCAUCGCUGCUGCCUUUGAUAUGGACGAGACGACCACCAUUGGUGGUGUUGAUGGAUCUCCUGAUGAUGCCAAUGCAGGGCUCUGUAGCGACGACGCAAAUCCGAGCAAGAAACCGCGCAAGUCUAUUGCCUUUGCUGCCGAUAUGGACGAGACGGACAACUUUGGUGGCGUCGAGGUGGCAGGCCAGCAACAGCAACAGCAGCAACAGCAACAGCAGUUUGUUGCAAAGCGUGAAAGCCGCAAGAGCAUUGCUUUUGCAUUUGACCUGGAUGAGACAACCACAAUUGGUGGUGUUGAUGCUGAAGAAGAACAGCAGCAGCCACAGCGCCAGCAACAGCCACAGCAGCAGCCACACCAGAACGAAUUCAAGCCGCCACGCAAGAGCAUUGCCUUUGCGGAUGAUAUGGAGGAGACAGGCAACUUUGGCACAGUGCAAUACUCUGCUGCAAAGACCGACAGUGUGCGCCAGCAACAACAAGAGGCCGUGAUGAAAGCACAGCGUGACAGCCGCAAGAGCAUCGCCCUUGCCUUCGAUAUGGACGAGACAACCACAAUUGGUGGUGUUGACGCUGAAGAAGCAGAGAUGCAGCCACAGUCACAGCAGCAGCAACCUGCUCAACUGCUGCAGCAACCCCGCGCGGCGUUCAAACCCUCGAGAAAGUCUGUUGCCUUUGCCACGGACAUGGAGGAGACCGACAACUUUGGCGGUGUUGAAGAGGCAGUUGAUGGCAAUGACCGCGCUGGCUUCAGCAGCAGCAGCAGCAGCGACGAGGUUAAGGCAAGCACGUCGCCUGAACCCUCAGCAGCAGCACCACAGACAACAACGGAAGCACCGGCGCCACUCACGACAAGCACAGCUUCCGUCACUUUGGAGCCAAAGGCGAAGAGCAACAGAUCAACAACGACAGCAGCAGUGACAGCAGCGGUGACAGCAGCAGUGGCAGUCCCGGCUGCAAGUCCCACCUUGACUGGCGGCAGCACAGGCACGUUCGCUGCGGUCCUGGCUGGCAAGAGCAGCGGGUUUGGGGGCGAUAUCCAGAACGAAACUGUCGACUUUUCUGAUGAGAUUACAAUCACGCGUCCCGGUGACCUGAUGCCAGGCAGUGGUGCAACCAACAACACUUGCAGUCCAGCGCACGCACCUUCCACACCAGCAACAACAACAGCGGUUGAUGAUGUUGCGACACCCACAUCCACUUCACCGGCUGCCACCGCCACUGUUGAGAAGGAAGCUGAAGCUGUUGCUCAAGUGACUGCGACAGCGGAGCAGGGAACUGUGGAAAAGCCACAGGGCGAUGAGGCCCACAUGAAAGGCGAAAGCACGACCACUGCAGCAGCACAAGACGCCGCGCCGAUGCCUGCACAAAUGUCACCAGCUGAAGCGCCUUCAACACCAGCGGCUGCAACGGCAACACAACCAGUGGCACGCUUGACUUCGUCUGUCCACCGUCGUAGCUCGCGCAUGUCAAGUGCACGCAAGCGCAGUGGUGUCAAGACGCGUCGUUCGUCAUCUGCUGCUGCAUCAUCGCUUCCACCAGUGCAGCCCGCGCAGCAUGGCCCACUCUUUGCUCGCUUUCUUCAGGAGAUCCAGAUCAACUUCCUGGACAACCUCUCUUCGCGUCGCCGCACCACGAUGCUCGGUGCUCCUGCGCUUGCACCGGCGCCGAUCGAUGAGCGAACGCUCGCUGUGCACGGCACAACGUUUCUGCCGCAGCUGUCGCAGGUGCGCUGGAGCUGUGAGGAGUUGACCAAAGUCACGCAUGAGAUGAAGCGUGUUGCUGGCGGGAAGAUUGACGCUGCCGUCAACCAGAACACCUCGCUUGUCAACGCCGUCACCUCGCUCGAGCUCAAGGACCACGAGCUUGCGCUGCUGCAAGAGGACAUGGCGGCCAUGAAGGAGGUGUGCCGCCAGGAAGCAAAGCAUGCCUGGCAUGUUUGGCGACACAAGUUGGAGACGGCCAUUCACGAAUCCCUGCAGACGGAGAAGACUGCGCUCGACAAAGAUGCGCAGUUCUAUGACAUGGCUCUCGCGAAACUGCAGGGAAAGACAGACAAGCUUCAGGCAGCGCUGAGCGCGCUUGAAGAUGAGGAAGCGCAGCUCGACAGUCAGCUGCUGAGCGAAUCUGCCGUGGACGAGCAACUGCAACGCACACAGCAGCACGGCGCGUUGCAAGAGGAGCACGCAUCCCUCGCGGCAGAGCUGAAGGUGUUGACGGACAGCCUAAACACGGAGCGAGACACACUGCUGUCGUUGGAAGUGCAGCUGCAGCAGGUGCAGGAUGCAUGCACAACGCUCGAGGAGCAGAAGAAGGCUGCUGCCGACGCCGUGAGUGAGCAGCAGGUGGACGCAGCCGCGCAGCUGUACAGCGACGUGGCGUCGCUCUGCCAGUGGGAGCUGCUCAGCUUCUACAAGGGCGGACAGCUAACUGUGUCUGCAGACAUGCCUGGUCUGUGCACGCGUGCUGCCAUGCUGAUGACACGCGACGCCUCUGUGACGGCCGAGCUGACGCUCAGCAGCAGUCGCGACCGCAUGUCGUCACGCGCACACGUGACACACUGCGCUGUCUCGUGGACAUGCCCCAAUUCCCCCCACCUGUCGCAGAUGCUUGGCACCUUCUUCGCUCCUGCCGCCUUCACAGCUGACGGCUUGUCUGUUGCGCAGACACUCGAUCACAUCUCGUUGCGUGUCGCCAAAUGCGCGCAGCUGUGCGUUGAACUCGCGGGUGCUAGCGUGUUCGCUGACAUCCACACGUCUGUUGACGCAGACAAGAUCCAAAUCACGCUGCCCAGCAUGUGUUUCAGCAAGCGCGUGGAGCUGAGCACAACAGUCACCACCACGCUUGAUCAUUUGUUUGAGGACGAGCACACAGACAUUGCCGUCGAGGUUGUGUCUGGAAGCGUGGAUCACAUGCGUGUGAAGGGACACAUGCGGGCCGUCCUUGGUGGCGAAAACACGUCCACCCUCUCCGCCAUUCUUCGUGCUGCACGCACGUGCGAAUGAGCUGGCCCACAUCGCAUGUGUAUGUUUGUUUGCGUUUGUGGUUUGCUUUUUGCACCACCAUGUCAUGCGCUUUUUGUUUGAUCGAUUGAUUGCUUCACUCACACUCGUCGUGUGUUCCAUCUUUGUCUUCAUCACUGGUCGUUGUUUGCUUCUUGUUUGCAUGCAACAACUCAUGUGGGUGUUUGUCCCUGCUGUUCAUGUCACGAUCUUGUUUCCGCGCCCUUGCCUGUUGCACGCGUUGCUGGGUUGUUUGCUUGCUUGCUUCUGGUUUGUUUCUUCUGUUACACCCAUGCCCAUUUCUUUGCUUGUAGACACGCACACAGAAAGCGAAUAAAGAGAAAAGCAUCUUGCGCUGCACGCAAGUCCAAGUUGCACACAGACAAACACAGACAAAC